AUGCCCGCCUCUACAGGUAAUUACUCAAGAACUCCACCUUAUAAUUCGAUUUGGGAUAGCCAGGGAGUGGCACCUUCUGCGGGCAGCAAGCCAUUUUUUGAUCGAACAUGUUACAACUGUGGUGAACCUGGGCAUAUAAGGAGAGAUUGUCCCCACCCACAUGUGUUAGAUUCCGCGCAACAGCAGUCUAGAGCAGUGGUACCUUGCGGGAAUGGUAAUAAUGGUAGAGGAUGUCCACAAGAAAGAGGUGGGUUAUUAGCUAGUAUUGAAGUAAGGGCCAUAAUCAUUGAGAAGAUCAAGGCCAAACAAUUUGAGGAUGAGAAUUUGGAGGAGCUUAGGAAGAAGACUGUGAAUGGUAAGGACCGAGCACCAGUUAUCAGCGCCGCCAUUCGAGUGAGUAGCAACCAACAUCCGAAGGUUCUGGAAGGGAUUCAGUUCUUAUGUGGGCUUACCUACUGGUGGGAUAUAGUAGAGGCCAUCACGACGUAUUCCCUACUAACUUGCAUGGCUAGAGAUAUCAACUUUGCUAUAGACGAGCCAGGCACUAAGCCCAUUUAUAUCCCACCCUAUCGAAUGACCCCCGUAGAGCUUAAAGAGCUCGGUAUUCAGCUUCAGGGUCUCCUGGAUCAGGGAUUCAUUCGGCGCAGUUAUCUCUUUAGGGUGCCCCCGUUCUUGUCCAAAGAUGGUAUUAUGGUGGAUCCGACGCAAAUUAAGGCCAUUCGUGGUUGGGCUAGGCCCACUUCUGUGACUGAGGUUAGGAGCUUCGUUGGACUGGCUGGAUACUACAUACAUUUUGUUGACAGUUUCUCUACUAUUGUUGCACCUUUGACUCGAUUGACUCACCAGGGUGUUCCUUUUGUGUGGUCUGAGGACUGGUAUGUUUUGAUGCAACAGUGUUGGGUUAUUGCUUAUGCCUCCCAACAGUUGAGAGUACACGAGCGCAACUACCCCACUCAUGAUCUAGAGUUGACGGAGAUACUCUAUUCAUCCAGGCAUAAUGAAAAUGUAUCGAGAUUUGAGGCAGCAUUACUGGUGAAGGCCGAACAUCAGAGGCCUAGUGCGGAGUUUCAAAGAUUACCCAUUCCCGAGUGGAAAUGGGAGCGUAUCACCAUGGACUUCGUGAUGGGAUUGCUUUGGACUCCUAGGGGAAUUGAUAGUAUUUGGGUCAUCGUGGAUUGA